AACAGUGGCGGACCCACGUGUAGUAAUAGUGGGUCCCAGGACAAUCUAUUAUUUUAUUAAAAAAAAAUGAAAAAAAAUAAAACUAAAUUUUUUUCACGAAUCACGCUUUCCUCUCUCUGUACUCCUUUAUAUCUAUUUCUCGCUGUACUCCUUCCUCUCUCUCUCCUCCAUUUAAGCGUACUCGAAAUUCUCCAUUGAAGGGGCUUCUGAGCUUUCUCUCCUCCAUUGAAGCAGUCUCUAAGAGUUUGUAAUUCAAUUCAAUUAACGAGGAAGAAGAUGAAUCAGAAGGAUACAAGGUCCAGGGCGCUGAAAAAUCAGAAGAAUACAGGGUCCAGUCCAACUGAAGACGACGAUGAUUUUCGUGAUGUAACUGAUCCUUAUCCUGAUGUACCAGAAGACUAUGUUUAUCCGGAAAAGGACUACACAGAGGCCUAUCGUCGUCAAAAUCUUGAAUUCUCCCAAAUAGCACUGGAAUACUACAACAAGAGACAUCGUACCAAGUAUGAACUUGUUGAGCCCAUGGAUAGGGCAGUUUUCAGCCAUUUUCCAAUGUGGAUGCAUCUAAACUUCACGGCUAAGCUGAAAUCCGCUCUUGAUGGGGAUGGCAAUUCUUCCGCCAAGCUCUUCUUUGUGGAGUUUUUUCAUCAAACAGGUCGCUGGGUUGUCAAUGCCUGUUGUAUCCUUAAAGGUAAACCUAGCCACUGUGAUUUUUGUCAACUUGUUGAGUCGGACACCGUUAAGCAUCCAACCCAUGGAUUUCGUAUGAAGCAUUUGGCUGAGCCUUAUGCUUUACGCUCUCGAGCUUGUGGUUCUACAGUCGGCUAGGAUGUCAACUUGGCAGCCAAGUUUUGAAUUCUGUAAACAAUGGUUGCAUGUUUUCAACGUGUUUGAUGGCCCUAAAAACCAUGUUAUGUACUAAGCAGUAUAAUUUUAUUUUAUUUUUUUCUUUGACAAAAGCAAAUUAUAUUAAUAAAUCAGAGUUUACAACA